GGCUUCACUGUACGUACCAUACGUACACACCGCCGCCGACUUGAGCUUCCAAAGAUUCAGGAAGUCAUUCAUUUUCAAGCAGAAAGUUGAAAGUCAGUCAACUUUAUGGUAAUGAGCUAUGACGCGGUUCAGCGAUCAACGACCAGCAACCAAUCGAAUAGAAUAAAGUAUUAAGAUAGAACAUGAUCGAACGUAAAAUGCUGUCACGUCAGAGCGUCCAAAGCUUCCCUGUACUUUUUUGACAAGCGUCCUUGACAGGGCGAUCAGAGCUUCUUUGGAAGCUCAAGUCGGUGGCGGUGUGUACGUACAGUAAGAUGUCAUGGAAGUGGAAACCGUCAUCAUCGAGGGGACUAGUGUAACAGGUAUGAAGCCAAGAUGAAGUGCCCGUGUAAAUCCUUUCGACUUUCCAAAUAACACAUGGUCGGUGGGGUGAGGCUGGCACCUAGCAUGACCGUGGAAAACGGCGAGGCGGGGCAGGUUGGCAACGGCGACCACACCUGCCCGCUGCACACCCCUCUGACGCUGGAGGAGUGGGGGCGCGAGGAGGAGCCGUGUAGCGCCCAGGUGCGUCGCCGCGCCAAGAAGCUCUGCACCUGCAGCACCGCCCGCGCCAAGGCCCUGCUCCUGGACUCUGUGCCCAUCCUCAGAUGGUUGCCGCGGUACCGCCUGAGAGAAUGGCUGCUGGGAGACAUGAUGUCGGGGGUGAUCGUGGGCAUCCUGCUGGUGCCCCAGUCCAUCGCGUACUCCCUGCUGGCUGGGCAGGACCCCAUCUAUGGCCUCUACACGUCCUUCUUCUCCAGCAUCAUCUACGCCCUGCUGGGCAGCUCGCGCCACAUCUCCGUGGGCAUUUUCGGGGUGCUGUGCCUGCUGGUGGGGCAGGUUGUGGACCGGGAAGUGGCGCUGGCAGGGUACCCCCCAGAGAACAAUAUCAACCUGACCACCGAUAUGACUGGAUCAGCGAUGGAGAACAGCACCAUGGGAGUUGUGUGCGACCGUAGCUGCUACGCCAUUCUAGUGGGGGCAACAGUCACUUUCACUGCUGGGGUGUUCCAGGUGCUGAUGGGGCUGCUGCAGGUGGGCUUCGUCUCCGUCUUCCUGUCCGACUCCCUGCUGAGCGGCUUUGCCACGGGCGCCUCCCUCACCAUCCUCACCUCCCAGCUGAAGUAUCUGCUGGGUCUUAAGCUACCCCGGCCUCAGGGCUGGGGCUCCCUCAUUAAGACCUGGGUCGGUCUGCUCAGCAACCUGGGCAAGACCAACCUGUGCGACCUGGUGACCAGCCUGCUGUGCCUGCUGGUGCUCGUACCAGCCAAGGAGCUCAACGACCGCUUCAAGUCCAAGCUGCGGGCGCCCAUCCCCUUCGAGCUGUUUGUGGUGAUCGCAGCCACACUGGCGUCGCACUUUGGCGGGUUCCGCGAGCGCUACGGCUCGGAGGUGGCGGGCGCCAUCCCCACGGGUUUCUUGCCGCCGCAGCUGCCCGCCUGGCACCUCAUCCCCGAGGUGGCGGUGGACGCCUUCUCCAUCGCGCUGGUCGGGUUCGCCAUCACCGUCUCACUCUCCGAGAUGUUCGCCAAGAAGCACGGCUACACGGUGGACGCCAACCAGGAGAUGUACGCCAUCGGCUUCUGCAACAUCCUGCCCUCGUUCUUCCGCUGCUUCACCACCAGCGCGGCGCUGACCAAGACCCUGGUGAAGGAGUCGACGGGCUGCCAGACCCAGCUGUCGGCACUGGUCUCGGCGCUGGUGCUGCUGCUGGUCCUGCUCCUCAUCGCCCCUCUCUUCUACUCCCUGCAGAAGUGUGUUCUGGCUGUUAUUAUCUUGGUGAACCUCCGGGGGGCGCUGAGGAAGUUCCUUGAUGUGCCGCGCAUGUGGCGGGCCAACCACGUGGAUGCUUUCAUAUGGCUCAUCACCAUGGCGACCUCCGCCCUUGUCAACACCGAGCUGGGCCUGCUGGUGGGGGUCCUGGUGUCGGCCUUCUGCGUCCUGGGCCGCACACAGCGUGCCAGCGCCGUGCCACUGGGCCAGACCGCGGACGGCGAGCUCUACGAGGACAUAGGCCAGUACAGGGGCCUGCACACACAGCCCGGCGUGGCCGUGUUCCGUUAUGAGGCGCCCAUCUACUAUGCCAACCAGGCGCUCUUCAAGCGAGCGCUGUACCGCGCCGUGGGGCUCGACCCGCUCCAGGAAAAGGCCCGGCGCCGCAAGCAGGAGAAACGACGCAAGAAGCUAGUGGACGAGGCCGUGGCGUUUACGACGACCGGGGUCCGACAGGGUUCCGGGGACGAGAAAGACAGCGGCACACUCUCAACGCCUGAGUCUGCAGAGGUGAAGGUGACCAGCGACGAGGCCAUCCUGCUACAGCACGCCAGCUUCCACAGCCUGGUGCUGGACUGCAGCGCCGUGCUCUUCCUGGACUCGGCCGGCGUGGGCGCGCUCAAGGAGGUGCGCAAGGACUAUGCGGAGGUGGGCGUGGGUCUGCUGCUGGCACGAUGCUGCCCCUCCGUCACGGAGUCGCUGGAGAGGGGCGGGUACUACGAAGAGAAGGGGGCACACACAAAGGUGGUGUUCUUCACCAUCACCGACGCAGUGCUCUAUGCACAAAGCCUCUCCGCUCAGAAUGGAGACUGUGAAAGCAACUGUUGAAUCUUAUCUUGUAAGGGAUACUUGCAUAUGUAUGUAUUUACAUAUAUAUAUAUAUAUAUAUGUGUGUGUGUGUGCAUGUAUGUUGAUGUACAUGUUUGGUGCCUUCCAACACACACGUGCCUUAAAAUGAAUGUUGACCAAGACCUUCCUCAAAUGCAGUAAAGUAUGCAUUUUAAUAUAAUGCCAUUAUAUAGACAAAUAACUUUGAGCAAUCAUAUCAUAGCAGUUUAUGUCAAAUGCUGAUUCCAAAACUCUAAUUCCAAAAUGAUCCCAAGCCUGCCCUGAGUGGUUUAGCAACACUAAAACUAAAACCUUCAGAGCCCAAAGAGGAUCCUGAAGUUUAAAGUCCACUCCUACUGUACAAGGAUUGGGCUACUCUAGUGCCAGGGUUUGUCAGGGUUCCUUUUUUUUAUUUAAGCAUCUGUUUUGCUCUUUUUUACAUUCUUAGUUGCAUUUCUGUUAUCCAUCCACCAGCAGACCUCUAUUCAGCUUUUGCGUUCAUCCUUCAACAAAUAUGCAUAAAUGCAGCCAGUCUAUUCAAAUUUAUGACAUUGUAUAGAGACUUGUUUAUGUUUUUAAUUUUCCUAAAUUAAGGAAAAAGAAGUUUGUUACUUGUGAGCCAAAUCUAGCAAAUUGAGUGUAAUGAUCCUUAUUUAUUCUCUCCAUUAGUGUUUACUGUUGAGAAAAAAAUGUCCCUUUUAUUUUUUUUGUUUUUUUUUCUUUUACCCUGUAGUUUGCUACCACAGUUCUAAUGUUACAGAUAGAUAGAUAGAUA